UACUCUGCUCAGCCCAGCAUUCAGCUCAACCUGAGACUCGGCAGGUGAAUGGCCUCGUGGGAAUGGUUUUCUAUUUUCCAGAAAGGGUGUUCAACUCUGGCAGUUUACUUUAUGGAGGUCUUGGCACUAUUGCACAGGUGUACCCUGGUAAACAAAGUAAUACCAACCUUGAGAAGAGAUAUAAAAACCGCCUUCACUGGAACAAUGUUACUGGAGUCUUCACUUUGUCAGACCUACAAAUAGAUGAUUCUGGGGUUUAUACUGCGGAGAAUACAGAUGAAGGGAAGACAAAACAUACAUUUCAGCUGACUGUGUACUAUGUUCUGUCCAAACCUCAGGUGACAGUCCAUGAUAACAUCUCCUGUAGCGUGGUGUGUUCUGUGGAGAACGGGAGAGAGGUGACCCUGUCCUGGUACAAAGGAGGGAAGAUACUCAACCAGACCAGCAGCCCUGACCACAACAUCACCCUCUCUAUACCUCUCAAGGUGGAUGUACAGACCAGAGACUCUUACAGAUGUGAGGCUGCCAACCCAGGCAGCAAGGAGGCAGCUGUUGUUCCACAUUCCUGUAUAGAGAGUGAUCCCUUCAAGGUGACAGAUGGUGAUGAGAGGACUCGAGGUUAUCUUAUUAUUGCUGUGAUCUGCGUUUUGGUUGCCUCGGGACUUGUUGGACUUGCAAUCUAUCUUAAGAAGAGGAGAAACGGACACUCACAUGCAGAUUCACCUGAAAGAGAGCAAGAUGACGUUCAGUAUGCAGAGAUAACUCACAUUAAACCAGCAGAAAACCAGGAGGAGCAAACAGGUAUACCAGGACUGGAGUCACUUAGAGACAACCCUGACCAGACAGUUUAUUAUACACUCCAGGUACGUCACAUGGCUGCCAACGAGGAUGUUGACACUGCAUGAAGGAGAGAGAGAACAGGAAGUUAAUGAGAGGGUGACAUGAUAAUCCACAUCCAAGAGAAGGCGUUACAUCCUAAAGAGGACGUUAAGACAAAAUUAUAGUCAAUAUUCAUUUUAGAAAACUUCAUGGAGACAGUUGUUCCUGAAGACAAUUACCAUUUAACCAAUGCGCUUUUGUCAUUUCAGUCAUUUCAGACUUCCUUUGUUGGUCAUUCUGUUAUGUACUUGAGUGAAGACCCAAAAGCGGUUUUAACAGAAACAGAGUUCUUUUAAUGAAAAAACAGGAAUGGCAUAGAUCCUCUUCCGACGUUGUCAAUGGAACAAAAGAUAGUUAGUAGAGUGCAGGAUGCACCUGCCAGGCAGACUCCGACAGGAUAGGACUAGGUGGAAGCAAACGAGACGAUAGCUUGCUUCUGGCAUGAGAAACACAAACGAGAAUCUGACACCGAAAGUAGCAGGAACAGAGAGAGAAAUAGAGACCUAAUCAGAGGGAAAAAGGGAACAGGUGGGGAAAGGGUGAAUGAGCUAGUUAGGGGAGAUGAGGAACAGCUGGAGAAGGAGAGAAAGAGAAGGUAACCUAAUAAGACCAGCAGAGAGAGACAGAGUGAAGAGAAAGGACAGGAACAGACAUAAUAAGACAUGACACAUUCUCACUGUCUUUUGUUGAAUUGAGCCUUGAUGAGAUUCACUGAUGCAAACAAAUUAAAUAACUAUGCCUAGGGUUAUUAGUAGGAUGGUCCCUCUUUUCAAGUGCCCAAUGUAUAGGUUAAAACAAAUGGAACCUCUUUAAUACAAUUCACUAGUGUGUUUGCUAUGCUACUGCUGUGCCAAAGCUUCUUUUCAGUUCUGUCUGUUCUGUUGUUUAAAUGUAGGUGCCUCCCCUGUAUCUUUUUAUAGCUGGUCAUUGUUUAGCUUGCCAGUGGAUAGCAGCUGUGUACAUAAAAAGCAGAUGUUUGGUGAGAUAAAGCCACCUAUUCCUCA